AUGACCAAAAUACAAGAAAAUGAAGAUCGACGCGCAACGUCGCCUUUGAUUGCCGGCGUCGUCGGAGAGACGCGGGUCUGCAUUAGUUCCUCAAUGGACUUAAAAAGUCGCGUUCGCGGUUUAUGGCGUCGGCUUCAUCUUAAGGCUUUUUGUCAACAUAUUGGUCUACUGGUGGCCUUAGCAAGUUAUACACUUCUUGGAGGACUGGUAUUCAGAAAAUUGGAAUAUUCGGCCGAAAUCUUAAAAAUAAAUUUUUAUAAAGAUUUAUUAAUAAAAAAAAGGCAAAACUUAAUCGAAACUAUAGUUAAUAACACCGAUGUGACAAAUCUGGAUUACCUUAUAGAGCAUGAGUUGGAUGUUUACGAUAAAGCUUUAGAGGCAUCCUUUAAAAAUGGAAUAUUCCUUAAUCCAAAUGCCGAAAUGGCUAAAUGGACCACUCUAAAAUCAGUAUUUUUCUGUUCAACCGUUUUAACAACCAUAGGGUAUGGAAAUAUCGUACCGAUGACUACUGAGGGAAAAUCGUUUUGUAUAGUGUUUGCCUUAGUUGGAAUACCACUGACAUUGACCGUAAUUGCUGAUUGGGGCAGAUUAUUUGCGUCCACUUUGUCUGCUGUGAUUAAAAAAAUUCCACCCUUACCAAAAAGUUUAAGAAAUGCUAUGGUAGCUAGGCGAACUUCUUCCUAUGCCCUAACAGCAGUCUGUUUUUUAUUUUGCUACCUGGCAAUAGGGGCUGCCAUUUUUGUUUUAUGGGAGGAAGACUGGAGUUUCUUUGACGGAUUUUAUUUUUGCUUUAUUACGAUGACUACAAUUGGAUUUGGUGAUCUCGUUCCAAAACAACCAAAAUACAUGCUUUUUUGCACACUCUAUAUUCUGGUGGGCUUAGCCUUGACUUCUACAAUUAUAGAGCUGGUACGUAGACAAUACGCUCAAUCUUGGAGACAACUUCAAGCCCUACGCGGUCCUUUAGCAGAGAAUUUAAGAAAGCUUGCUGAAAAUGCACCUGGGUUAGACGUAUUGUCCUUUCAGCAAGACUUAAUGAAAGUUUUGACUGUCGUUUCGAUGCCAAAACGAAUAGGCAGUCGCAGAGAUAAAAAAUCUAAAGAAAAAGCUGAAAGGGAAUGGGAGGAAGCCCUGCAAGCCGUUAUCCAGGAUAUGACCACUAAAGCUGCCAAUAAAGAGUCCCCAGUUUUGCAAAUUGUUAUUUACGAAAGCUCUGUAUAAUAAAGUGUUAUGCUUUUACGUG